CGGGAUGGCGGGCGGCCGGCGGCGUGGGGGCAGCGGGAAACGGGGGCCCCCCCGGCAGCACCCGGGGACCCCCGCACCGGCCCCUGCACCCCCACCCCCGUCUGCCACAGCCACCACCGUGACUCAGAGGAACGCAGGCGCUGCCCCCAGACCCGGCCGCACCAAGAAGCCCACGAAGGAGCCGGAGGCGAGGGCGCCAGACGUGGACUCGCUGGGCUUUCAAGCCAUGGACCGCAAUGUGCCGGGGCUGUCCCAUGUCAUCCUCCAGAAGCUCAACAUGAAGAGCUAUGAGGACUACAAGUCUGCCAUGGAUGGGAGGAAAAGCGGCAGCGAUUUUGGCAUCCGGACUUACUUUGAGAUGUUCCAGAAGAUGGAGGACACCUUCAAGUUCUGUGCUGAGUGCAGGAAGCUCCCCGAUGCUCUCCCGGACCCCAAAAGCCUCCGGCGAUGCAAGAGGUGCCAGAACGUGUACUACUGCGGCGUGGUGUGCCAGCGUGCCAACUGGCCGCUGCACAAGAAGUUCUGCAAGAAGCUGAAACUGGUGGCCCUGGAUCGGCUGGUGGAGUGGCUUGUCUUCACAGGAGACAUCCCUUUUCCCACAGAGACCUGGACAAAGUCCCCCUGGGAUGUGGAGGGCUGGGAGGACUGGUUCUCCAUGCAGGAGCAGCUGGAGGAGAAGCUGGGCGCCAUCCUGGCCGGGCGAUACAUGACCCUGCUGUGGGCCAACGCUGGGAAGCCGCGGCCAGAGGACAGGGAGCUGCGUGACUCCGUCCGACGCCUGGUCACCGACUUCCACUCGCGGCCGCUCACCAUCGGCCUGGGGCUGCGGCUCUUCAGCAUUGAGCCCCUUGCCAAGGCCCUCACUGUGCACGUGGUGGGAGCAUCCCACGUGGAGACCCUCAACGCCCGGCUGACAGACUACGACGAGCUGACGCGCAUGUUCCCGGGGCACCGCGGCAUGGAGGUGGUGAUGGUGGGGGUGGAUGUGGUCGAUGGACCCAUCAUGAGGCCACCCCUGGCCACCCCAGCCCCCCGGGGAAGGGUCUAUCUCAGCAGCUACAAGGGGCUCUACCAUGACUUUUGGGAAAGCCACGUGGAGACCAAGCUGGCCGCUCGCCCUGACCUGGUGGUGGGCUUUCACCCAGGUUUCCAUGCCUGCCCAGACCUGCUGGCAGGCUGGCUGCCCACCCUGCUGCUGCUGCGGGACUACCGCUUGCCGGUCCUCUUCACCGUGUACAGUGAGCAGGAGCUGAAGUCCUCCCUGCAGCUCCUGGUGGAGCUCGAGAUGCGCAUCAUGGGCUAUGCCACCAACCCCUUUGCCUCACUGCGGCCUGAGCAGGUCUACUCCAGCCCCAACAAGGCACCCGUCUACUGCAGUUCCUACUAUAUCGCCCUGCUGGGGCCGGUGGCAUCAGCUGUGCCGGGUGCUGAAGACCUGGAGGAUGGUGAUGGUGGGUGGGGAGAGGAGCCCAGUGCUGCUGGUGGGGCUGGGGGCAUCACCCCAGGGCUGGCCUGACCCAGUGCAGCCAGCACCAUCCUGCCCACUGGAUUCCCAGCCCCUCGCUGCCCCAUCACAGCACCCUAUCUCCCCAUUCCGGAACUGGUGAUCCAGUCAUUCCUCACUGCACACAUCCAGUCCUGGGACACACAGCACCUUGCCACAGGCAUAGCACCCCUCCAUGGCAUCGAAUAAACCUCCACCAGCAGACGG